AUGAUGAGUAAUCCUCCAAGAAAUCAACGGUCUGCAAUGGAUUCAAGCAGCAACUUCAGUGUUUCUGGGAAUCAUAAUGAGAGGAAUUUUGAUAUAGUAAAGGAUUCCAUGGGCUUGGCUAUAUCGCUGAACAAAACUGAAUCUUUGGAUGUCGUACUUGAUGAUUUCUCCGAGGGUUAUUUUAGUCUUUCGUAUGAAAAUCGGAAGAAAUUGUUGCUCGUGCUUGCGAAAGAGUAUGAUCUUAAUCGGAUUCAAGUUCGGGAAUUAUUGAAGCAAUAUCUUGGAUUUGAGCUUCGUAGUGGUGAGGUUUUUGUUGGAUGCAUUACUGCUGCCAUGUUAGUAUUGAGACUUAAUAACCAUACUGGGGGCUUGAAGUUCUUGUCGGAUCUUCGAGCUGAUAUCUUGUCUUUUCUCAAGUACAGAUCUCUGUGCAUAGAAGUAGCCUCAAACACUGUUGUAAGAGUGUUGCAGCUUCUACCUCUAGAUGCAUUUAUGUUAGAGGAAAAUAUUGCCUCUUUGCGAGCAUUAGAUUCCUGCUUAAAGGAGCAACUUAGUACAUGGCUUAGUCCAGUGGCGUUGGAGCUUCACCAGAUUACGUGGGAUGAUUCUGCUUCUCUGCUGGAGAAAAUUGUUACUUAUGAGGCAGUGCAUCCAAUCAGCAAUCUUUUGGAUCUAAAAAGAAGGUUGGGCGUUGGCCGCCGUUGUUUUGGAUAUUUACAUCCAGCAAUACCUGGUGAGCCUCUUAUUUUCAUAGAAGUUGCGCUUCUGAAGAAUGUGGCUCAGACAAUACAGGAAGUUUUGUGGGAUGAUCCUCCCAUACCUGAAACUGAGGCUGCAUGUGCAUUAUUUUAUUCUAUAUCAUCAACUCAGCCUGGCUUGGCAGGAAUCAAUCUAGGGAAGUUUCUUAUUAAACGCGUUAUUACAUUGGUGAAAAGAGAUAUGCCACGAGUAUCUACAUUUGGAACACUAAGCCCAAUCCCUGGAUACAUGCAAUGGUUGCUAUCUAAGUUGGCAUCUCAAUCAGUAAUUGCUAAAGCAGACAACAUGGAGCAACCAACAGGUGGAUCUGGUUCCACUUUUCAGGAGAACUUACUUGAACCAGAUGAAGAAGGAAUGCUUAUGAAUUCUGCUCCGGAGACUUAUGCUGGAAAAAAUGGCAUGGAAGUGAUGCUGAACUUGCUGACAUCAACAGACUAUGAGUGGAUCAGUUCAGCUGAAUUACUUUCUGCCUUGAAGCCCCCUCUAAUGCGGCUGUGUGCCAGGUAUCUUCUCCAAGAGAAGAAGAGAGGAAAAGCUCUAGAUUCCGUGGCAAAUUUCCACUUGCAAAAUGGAGCGAUGGUUGAAAGAUUAAAUUGGAUGGCAGACCGGUCGGAGAAAGGACUUCGUCAAAGUGGAGGUAUCAUGGUGAACUAUGUUUACAGGGUGGAGCACAUAGAAGAAUAUGCUCAAUCAUAUUUCAGCAAUGGGCAUAUACAUGCUUCAAGUGAUAUUCGCCGCCAUAUCAAGCCACAGAAGGAACAUGAGGCAACCACAGCUUAG